UACAAGAUCCUUAGAAAGCAUUACUAGAAUUUUUUGUUUGAAAAAUAUGGUUUCCAAGUCUCUUAUCCUGAUGACCUUAUCAGCUUUGGUCAUUUCCUUUGCCAAAGCUUACGAUCCAAGUCCACUCCAAGACUUCUGUGUAGCCAUUGAUGAUCCCAAAAAUGGUGUUUUUGUGAAUGGUAAGUUUUGUAAGGAUCCAAAGCAAGCGAAGGCAGAAGAUUUCUUCUUCUCUGGCCUCAACCAGGCAGGAUACACUAAUAAUGCUGUCAAAUCCAACGUGACAACAGUCAAUGUCGAUCAGAUUCCAGGGCUAAACACCAUGGGAAUAUCCUUGGUCCGCAUAGACUAUGCACCAUACGGACAAAACCCGCCUCACACGCACCCUCGUGCCACUGAGAUCCUUGUUCUUCUCGAGGGAACAUUAUAUGUCGGGUUUGUCUCUUCCAACCAAGACAAUAACCGUCUAUUCGCCAAAAUGUUGCACCCGGGAGACGUCUUUGUGUUCCCCAUAGGAAUGAUCCAUUUCCAAGUGAAUGUCGGGAAGACACCCGCGGUGGCCUUUGCUGGACUAAGUAGUCAGAACGCUGGAGUCAUCACGAUCGCUGAUACUGUAUUUGGCUCAACACCACCGAUUAAUCCAGAGAUUUUGGCUCAGGCUUUUAAGUUAGAUGUUAAUGUUGUCAAGGACCUUGAGGCCAAGUUUAAAAACUAAAUCAAGUCAUUAUAUACGAGUGUUGACUGGUAACACUUAUAUAAUGAUGUUAUACGAAUCAAAGAUAUAUGCUUAAUAAAAUAAAAAGAGUU